AUGUCUUUCUUCACCAUCUUUCCACUCUUAGUCUCUCUUUUCUUCAUUAUCAAAUGGUAUUCCAACCAUUCUGCCACCAAAAAAAACUUACCACCUUCACCUCCAAGGUUUCCUCUACUUGUUUCCUCUGCUGAUGCAGCAAGUAAAAUAAUGAAAACUCAUGACUUGGUUUUCUGUGAUAGACCCCAACGUAAAACCUUUGAUAUCAUGCUGUACGGUUCCAAAGAUGUGGCAAGUUGUGCAUAUGGUGAGUAUUGGAGACAAGUAAGGAGUCUCCGCGUGUUACAUCUUCUGAGUAACAAAAGAGUUCAAUCUCAUCGCCGUGUUAGAGAGGAAGAAACUGCGAAGAUGGAACCGCCACUAAAUGGUUGA